AUGGCGCAUAGAAAACUUCAGCAAGAGAUAGAUCGAGUAUUUAAAAAGAUCAACGAGGGCUUAGAAAUUUUUAAUACUUAUUAUGAGAGACAUGAAAAUUGCACUAACAAUCCUUCUCAAAAAGACAAAUUGGAGUCUGACCUUAAAAGAGAAGUGAAGAAAUUGCAGCGGUUAAGAGAGCAGAUAAAGUCAUGGCAGAGCUCUCCCGAUGUAAAGGAUAAGGAUUCUUUGUUGGACUAUAGGCGAUCGGUUGAGGUUGCGAUGGAGAAGUAUAAAGCUGUUGAAAAGGCGUCUAAAGAAAAAGCUUAUUCAAACAAUAGCUUAAAAAGGUCGGAAGUACUUGAUCCGGAUGAGCAGGAGAGGCGAGAUGUAUCAGAUUAUUUAUCAGAGAAGAUAGAUGAGAUAGAGAGGCAGUAUGAACAGCUCCAGGUUGAAGUAGAUAGGUUAGCGGCUCUGGGGAAGAAAAAAAGAUCAGGGACAUCAGCGAAUGAGGAAAAGAGACAUGAAUUGAAGGAACUUCAAGGGAGAUACAGGUGGCAUCAGCAGCAGAUGGAGCUAGCAUUGAGGUUAUUAGCAAAUGAGGAGUUGGAUCCUCAGGCAGUAAGGGAUAUCCAGGAGGAUAUCAACUAUUUUAUUGAUUCCAAUCAGGAUCCGGAUUUUGUUGAGGAUGAAAGUAUAUACGAAUCGUUGAAUCUAGAUUCAAAUGAGGCUAUAGCCCAUGAGGUUGCAGCCUCAUUUCUUGCUCAAGCAUCAGAGGAUGCUGAAGAUGAGGCGAACAGGGAUUCUUCUAAGCUUUCGAAGAAGGAACAAAGAAAAUUAGAACGGGAAGCCAAGAAAGCUGCAAAGAUGGCUUCUGUUACAGCCGUUGACAGUACAAUCUCUACACCUAUUACCACUGCUCCUAGUUCAGCCUUAGACAUGGAGCUACCAGGUACUGGAAACCAAGAAACAUCGUCAUCAUCGUCAGUACUGCCGGCUAUAACUGACAAUGAAUCUGACCCCACGCCGAAGGUAAGCCCGUCACCUUCACCGUCGCUCACUAACACCUCUAGCAUACCUUCUACUGCUAAUACUACAACAACUACUUCCCAACCAUUACAUCCUCAAACGCCACUUGGGUUGAAACCGCACACAAAGGUAACUCAGAUGUCACCAGAACACCUAGGACAUACUCAUAUACACCAGUCACUAAAUGGUGUGAUUACCAGUACAUUAAAACCUGCAACAGUGCCGAUAAAACCAGCAGGUGAACUUAAGUGGGCCGUGGCUGCGACUCAAGCUCUAGAAAAAGAGAAGAGAGAGAAAAGUAAACCUAGCACUCCCGCAUUUAAUGCACCAGCUUUCAAUACAAGCACUUCCAGUGACGCCAGCGCUUUUACAAAAUCGCCCGGUGGGUCGCUCAACUUGGCACUAAGCAAUUAUAGCCCAUUAUCCCAGCAUUCAAACACUAACGGAACUACCACACCUCUGCCGCGCUUGGCAAAGGAUCAGUCCCAUGUAUUACAAAACCAAAAUGUAGCUGCUCCCAAGGAGAAAGAAACCGUUGAGUAUCGCAUACCUACGAGUCCUACCGCGGGAUCGAUUAAAAGCCAAAAAUCCGAUGAGCUUCAGCUCCAAGAUUUUUACAAAUCGGAGACUACAGAUGACGAAUUAAAUGAAGAACCAGCUAUAAUUAAAUUGGAUCCGGAAGAGCUCGAAAGACUUCACAAAGAGAAAGCUGAUUUGACAAAUGAACUUUGUAAAAACUUUGAGUUAUUACAACUUCCUUCAGGUAUCCAGGAUUUAAUCAUAGGAUCGUUAUUAACAGAGAAAAAUCUACAUCCACCAAACGGAAAAUCUGGAGGUUUCCGCAAUUUUAUCGACACUUGCCGUGUGAAUAGAUUAGCAGAACUUCCACCAGGAUUAAAUCCACCACAGCCGUUGGAUGCUUCCAGGUGUUCAGAGCAGUGGGAUUUCAUCCGUAUUAAUGGCAUUUUAGAAAGUGAUUUUUACGAAGAUGAAGAGUAUACCAAACGUGCUAUUUAUGAAAAGUUUAGGGCGCUGGAAACCUUCACGUUGUUUUAUAACUACUAUUAUGCAUGUACCCCAUUGGAAAAUGACAUUGCUGCAACAAUACUAGCUGAGCGGAAGUGGAAGGUUUCUAAGGACGGUGUAACCUGGUUCUUCCGUGAAGCUAAACCCAAGUUCACUAACGAGUUAUGUGAGGUAGCAGAUUUUAAAGUCUUUAAACUGGAUGACUGGACGGCCACAACUAAGUUGAACUUUACACUAGAUUACUCUACCUUAAAAGAUUGUAAGGGUCCUUCUCCUCCAGUAUCGUCUGCUACCGAAACUAAUGGUAUAGGAAAAGACUCUGUUUCUCAUUGUCAAACACUGUUGCAACAGUUGAAACAAGGCGGCAGUGCAACGAAGGUUGAACCUUCUCAUUAG